GUGUCUUAAAUACUCAGCACCCGGAUUCUAGUGCUGAUUUCAAGGUUACGCUUGCUGCAGUAACGCAAUUUCUCGCACGAAUUCAGCUCAAUGGCUCCUACAAGGAAAUUCUUCGUGGGUGGAAACUGGAAACUGAACGGUGAUAAGAAGACCCUGGGGGAGCUGAUACACACCCUGAACACCGGGGAAAUCAAUGCUGACACGGAUGUGGUGUGUGGAGCUCCCACCAUCUACCUGGACUUCGUGCGCACCAAGCUUGACUCUAAGAUGGGCGUGGCGGCUCAGAACUGCUACAAGGUGGCAAAAGGAGCAUUCACUGGGGAGGUCAGCCCAGCGAUGAUCAAGGACUGUGGGGUAACCUGGGUCAUUCUGGGUCACUCGGAGAGGCGUCACAUAUUUGGGGAGUCUGACGAGCUGAUUGGCCAGAAGGUGGCGCAUGCCCUGCAGGAGGGCCUGGGGGUCAUAGCCUGCAUUGGGGAGAAGCUGGACGAGAGGGAGGCUGGCAUCACGGAGAAGGUGGUGUUUGAACAGACCAAGGCUAUCGCAGACAAUGUGAAAGACUGGAGCAAGGUGGUUCUGGCUUAUGAGCCGGUGUGGGCCAUCGGAACCGGCAAGACCGCCAGCCCCCAGCAGGCUCAGGAGGUGCAUGAGAAGUUGCGGCAGUGGCUGAAGACCCAUGUGUCGGAGGAGGUGGGCGGAGCCGUUCGCAUUAUCUAUGGGGGCUCUGUGACAGGGGCUACCUGUAAGGAACUCGCCUCCAAGCCAGAUGUUGACGGCUUCCUCGUGGGUGGGGCAUCACUCAAACCAGAGUUCAUUGACAUAAUCAACGCACGCCAGUAAGCUUCUAAUAUGCAUGCAGAUUCCUGUCUGGCGCAAGAUGGAAGACACCAUGAUUGAUGUAGUUUCCUGUUUCAAAUCUUCACUUCAAAAUAGAAAUGUGUUUCUCCUGUGUUCUUGGUUUCUUGUAACUGUUCAGCUGUUAAGUUCAGUUAGACAGGCGUACUGUUUGUAUUUACUGUAGGUUUCCCCUCGGUGAAACCGCACUGUGGUUGUGUUUUUUUUUUUUUUUUUUCCCCACCAAUAUAGGAGUGAUGCCAAGCCUCUGGUUACCUGAAUUGUCACAUGCCUGCUCUGUUCAAUCUAGCCAAUAAACAAACCUAGAACCA